AUGUCUGGAUUUCUCAAAAAGCUUGAACACUCCCUCGAGCGUGAGCUCGACCAGGUCGACCGAGUGGUCGGCAAAGUUGACCGCUUCGUCGACAAGGGGCUGUAUCAUACGGAGGAAACAGUCCUCGGUGUUCUUCGUCCGAAUCGCCGCCAUGACACCCCCGAAGAGAAGGAGGCAGACACGAUCAGAGCGGAGAUCAACGCGAGCCAUCGCUUCGACUCGUUCGCUGCGGAACGUUCGCAGAACUUCGUCAAAUGGCACAUCGAUGGCCAUGAUUAUAUGUAUGCCCUUUCGGAGAUGCUUGAUAAAGCACGAGAGGCUAUCUUCAUCCUUGAUUGGUGGCUUACGCCCGAACUCUACCUGCGCCGCCCGGCAGCGUACAACCAAGAAUGGCGCCUUGACCGCCUCUUGAAACGCAAGGCAGAGGAGGGCGUCCGUAUCUACGUCGUAGUGUACAAGGAAGUGACACAGACGAUGUCGAUGAGCUCUUCUCACACGAAGCAUGCGCUAGAAGAUUUACAUCCUAACAUCGCCUGCAUGCGGCAUCCAGACCAUAUUGGCAGCCAGGACGACGUUGAGUUCUGGUCGCAUCACGAGAAGCUUGUUAUUAUCGACAACCACCGCGCCUGUGUAGGCGGUCUCGACCUCUGCUUCGGCCGCUGGGAUACGCCCACGCAUCCGCUCGCAGACGUGCAUCCGACUGAUCUCGGGCGCACACUGUUUCCCGGGCAGGAUUACAAUAACGCGCGCAUCAUGGACUUCAAGAAUGUACAGAACUACGUAAGCAACGGGCUCAGUGUCAUCGAGAGCGCGAGAAUGCCGUGGCACGACGUCCACAUGACGCUAUGUGGUCCGGUUGUAUUGGAUCUAGCGCAACACUUCGUCGAACGAUGGAACGAAGUGAAGAGACGGAAAUAUAAACACGAGCAACGGUAUGACUGGCUUGCCCUUCCGCACAACGUCGAAGCCGCCCCGAACGAGGCUGUCGCCCGCCAUCCACACCGCGAGCAGUGGAAAGCCAUGGGUCGUCGCUUCAAAGAGCGUUUUCAUCACGUUGCCCGGCGCGAUUACGAUGAUGUCGACUAUGAAGAAGACAACCCAGAACUGUACCCUCGUCCGCCGAACGGGACAUGCCGCGUGCAAGCGAUUCGGAGCGUGUCCGACUGGAGCCACGGCGUGCUGACCGAGCAUAGCAUCCAGAAUGCCUACUGCCAACUUAUUCUCGAAGCGAACCAUUUUGUCUACAUCGAAAACCAGUUCUUCAUUUCUACUACAACACGUGACGGCCCCGUGAAGAAUCAGAUUGCCGCCGCUCUUGUCGAACGGAUUCUGAUGGCAGCUAGAGAUGACAAGAAGUUCAAGGUGAUCGUGCUCAUUCCAGAAGUUCCGGGCUUUGCGGGGCCGGUCAAGGAAGACAGUUCCGUCAAGAUAAUUAUGGCCGCCCAGUAUCGCACGAUGAACCGAGGAGGCCACAGUAUCUAUGAGGAAAUUCGGAAGGCAGGAUUCAACCCAGAGGAUUACAUCAAGUUCUACCAUCUUCGUGCAUACGACCGCAUUAACGCCCCGUACCCGUCCUUCCUCUCGCUCCUUGAGGAAGAUAGCGGUGUGAAGUUCCAUCAAGCGAUGGUCGCACUCGCACGAUUGUGGGUAGGCAAACACGAAGAAGCCCUGGAACCGCAGGACGUCAGCGUCGUCCUCCCCACUGGCGCCUACACGGAGGAGCUCUCGCCCGCUGGCGGGAAGGCCGAGCUCAAGACAGAGACGUAUCAGCUCCCCAAGUCGUACGAGGAGGCCGUCGAGAUCCUCGAGCGAUGGAAGGGCGCCGCAGAUCGGCUGCGGAAUGACGACGACGUCUCGGACAACGUGGUGCAGCAUAUGCUCAGUGACCGCACCAGUCUCCUUGAGGAGAAAUGGCUCGGCACGGUCGAAGAGGAGAAGGCCGCGUACGUGUCGGAGCUACUUUACAUUCACUCCAAAGUGAUGAUUGUAGACGACCAGAGAGUUAUUCUUGGUUCAGCCAAUAUCAAUGAUCGAAGUCAGAAGGGCGACGGCGAUUCCGAAAUUGCACUGGUCAUCGAGGACGACGACAUGGUGGAAUCUACGAUGGAUGGGAGGCCCUUCAUGGCCAGCCGAUUCGCUACUACUUUGCGUCGCAAGCUGUUCAGAGAACAUCUCGGCCUGAUCCCUCCCAUGCGUGUCGAGGAGCCUCAUGAGCCGGUUACGGGUUUCAUGCGCCCAGCUCCUCACCCCAAUCCUGACGAGCUGUCCGAGCCCCAGGACCAGAUAGUCGCAGACCCCAUCUCGGAUGAGACGAUGAGGCUAUGGAACGAGACUGCGAAACGUAACAGGGAUAUCUUCACCGAGAUCUUCCGUCCUGUGCCCACGAACUUAGUCCGCGAUUGGGACGCAUACGCACGUUACAUUGUGCCCAAUGUUUUGCCGGGGCAUGUUAUCCCCGACGUACCGCUCGACCGGGUCAAAGAUCGGUUGAGUCAAGUGAAAGGAGCCCUCGUCGAGUGUCCGAUGGACUUCCUGAUCGACCAGAAAGACUUCGUCGAAGGAAUUGACUGGAGAGGAUUGAACCCAACGCUUCCCAUCUACAUCUAAAUUUCAAGAUCGAACUUGCUUCGGAGAUGGCUUUGCCAAUUUUCUUGUAUCGGCUCUAUGGUUGGAAUGUACAAGUACAAAGGCUGUCUGCCUCCACAAUGUCUGUAUACCCCAGACGCUAUUGCGCUGGUUUCCUGAUAUCAAGCACUUAAGGGAAGUG